GUCAGCAGUCGGUGGGCGGAAGAGCGGCAGUGUCUUUCGGUGUCUGCAGAUAAAGCCCAAACCGAACCGGGUCGUUUUGUCCGGAGAACGCGCAGCGAAGGGCCCGGUUCGUCUCCAGCGUUAAUGGCGGCCCCCGCGGGUCAGGCGGAUGUCCAGAUGGACCGAGGCGGCCAGACGGUCCCCUCCGAGGACAACAUUGACAUCGACGAGAAAGAGUUGGACAACAUCACAAAGAAACAGCGAGAAGACGACUCGGCGCCCCAGCUGCCUCUGCACUCGCCCUGGACCUUCUGGCUCGACAGGUCGCUGCCGGGCACCACGGCCGCAGAGUGCGAGUCCAACCUAAAGAAGAUCUACACCGUGCAGACGGUUCAGAUGUUCUGGGGCGUGUAUAACAACAUCCCUCCAGUCACAGCCCUGCCUUUGAGAUGUAGCUACCACUUAAUGCGCGGAGAAAGGAGGCCGCUGUGGGAAGAAGAAAGUAAUGCAAAAGGAGGCGUGUGGAAGAUGAAAAUCCCCAAAGAAAACGGUUCUACAGUUUGGAAGGAGUUGUUACUUGCCACUAUCGGGGAGCAGUUUGCAGAUUAUUGCGCUUCAGACGACGAGGUUGUCGGCGUCAGCGUUAGCGUUCGAGAUCGGGACGACGUCGUACAGAUAUGGAACAGAGACGCAACUCUCGCUAACGAAGCAAAUAUCUUGGGGAAAGUCUAUGAGCUGCUCCCGUAUAUAUCCUUUAAAGCAGUUUUUUAUAAGUCUCAUAUGGAACAUCAUGCCUUUGAGGGAGGACGCUCAAGACAUUAGAUUGUGAAGCACUUUUAUUUUAUUUUUUAAACCUGAACUCUGUACCUGCCUCCACAGAAGGCGAUGUCCAACAACAUAGUUAAGGAUAGUAUUUUUGCUUUCAAUGAGGAGAGGUUAUCAAUAUAUUUUUAUAUCUUUUAAUGACUGCUGCCUUGUUUUAAUCAUAACGUGGGUCCUAAAGCUCUGAGGGGUUCAGAGAAUGUAAACUGUGUAAAUCUCAUCCCAAAGGCAUUAAGUAGCGGGGGGGGGUGUAAGGUCCUGGUUUGCUGCAAUGUACUGACACGGUCCUGUCUUCUGCAUAUUCCAGGAAGCACUCACGCCGUUUAUGGUGGAGAGGUACAAGUCGUAUUCAGUACGUUAGAAUAUUACUGAAAAGUUUAUUUCACACACUAGCUUCAACGCAUUUUACAGAUUAAUCGCACACAGACUGAUGCUUUCUAGCUGUUAUUUCUGUUAUGUGGAUUUUCCAUUUGGAGGUAACGGAAACAGUAUUCAAGUUUAGAAUAUUACUUCAAAUCAAUACAAAACUUGUUUUAAAACAGAAUUUGGGGCUUAAUGAGGAGUAUGUUUAGCACCUGCUUAAAGGUCAUUUCCAAAAGUCACACGGUGACAAACGAGCCUCAUCAGAACCUGCGCUCUAAUCUACUGAAUGUGACGGUACCUUACUGCUUCCCCAUAGUGAUCCAUUCAGCUCGUUCAGUGCCAAAGCACGCUUCUGCUGUUUCAGACGUUCUUCUCGUCACCAUCCGACUGUUUCCUCCAGUCGGGAUUCAGCCGCUCACACGGAGGGAAUGUAACGCUUGCUUUUCUGAAAUAUCCAUCAAGUGUGAACUUGAAUCCCAAAACGUUGCACGUGGCUAUUUAUGCUAGUCUGCACAUCAUAAAGCCAUCAUAACGGAUCAAAGUGAAGUCCAGCACAGAUGUGGCCAUUGUUAUUUUUAAAGCUUUAUUUUUCUGAGGGGAAAAAAAACUUUUAAAAAGUGUCUCUGGGAGUGUUUUUAAUUUUAUUUCCCUCACCAUUGUAUUAGACCUGUUGUUAUAAUAGACCCCUGAAAUGAAGUUACUGAUUGUUAGAUGAGGUAAUGCUGCACAUUUUUCUUCAUAUCUGUUGCGACACGUUGCCACUAGCAGCAAAGCUGCAGGUUUUGCCUUCCUGCGCCGCGUCCUGCUGGAAGCACUGCACACAGGGAAGCAGGAGGCAUUACUUCUGCUUCACAGACGUACGUAGCUAGGUCAUACGGUCAUGUUUGGUGGUGGGUUGAGCUUUAAGAGACUGAGUUUUAUGUAGACUGCUGCUUAGGGGGAUGAGAGGAAAACGACCAAUAAAUAAAUCAGCUCCCGUCUGUACGAGAAGGUGUGAGAUUCAAGGAAGGUAUUCGUCUCUUAGCUUACUUUUUAAAACUGCACCAUUGAUUUAACACCUACUACAAGCUGUUUUUGAUUAAGUAGACGUUUAAGUCUGGUAGUUUUAGUCAUCACUUUUUGUAGUUGGUCUCUUGCUGGGUUGAAUUUUUUUUUUCUUUUUUUUCCUUCUGUAAAGUCUUUUUGCAGUGACAUGGACAGAUCAAAUAAAAUGGAGCUGAAAAUCUUU